UCUCCCUUCGAUCAAAUGAUCGGGUUUUGAUUUCCCACUUCCACGCCCCAUCGCUUCUCCUUCUUAUCCCCCCCAACCCCGCACCCUCUCUCUCUCGCUCACACGACACCAUCCUCUUCUCCUUGCUUUCCUUUUGGUGGCUGCUAACCCUAACCCUAAGUUUUCGCGAUGAAAGGUGGGAAAUCCAAGGCUGAGGCCAAGAAGGCUGAUAGCAAGUUGUCGGUUAAGAAGAAGGAGGUUAAGCCGAAGGCGAAGCCAGUGAAGAAGGAGAAGGCCGGGAAGGACCCUAACAAGCCCAAGAGGCCUCCAAGUGCUUUCUUUGUUUUCAUGGAGGAGUUCAGGAAGACGUACAAGGAGAAGAACCCUCAUGUCAACAAAGUCGCUGUUAUCGGGAAAGCUGGUGGCGAGAAGUGGAAAUCCUUGUCUACUGCUGAGAAAGCACCUUAUGAGGCUAGGGCUGCCAAACUGAAGUCCGAAUAUGGAAAAAAGAUGGAUGCUUACAAUAAACAGGCUGAGAGUGGUAACAACGCUGCGGACGAGGAAGAGGAGACCUCUGAUAAGUCCAAGUCUGAGAUUAACGAUGAUGAGGAUGAUGAGAGUGGCGAGGAGGAUGAUGAUGAAGAGUGAGGAGCAAGCCAAGAAUGGGUUGUUUCACUACUUGCUGUGCUUAUUCUUAGGUUUCAUGAAAAGAAAGAAUAGUAGAAUUAGUUAGAAAGUAGAAUUCGAAUCUUUGCUUUUUUUUCCUUGAUGUUUUCAUCUUUUGUUGGGAAAAAAGUAUAUGUCCCUUCUCUCUUGUUGCAUGACGGUCUAUCUCUUAAGGGGAAUAUGUUUUGGAAGGAGGUGGGAAGAUGCUUUUAUAGGGCCUAUAUGGCUUCAUUUGUACUUAAAAAUCUAUCCUUCUGACUAAUUCUACUUGGGGGUUUGGCUUUCAUUGUUGUUGGUGUGUAUA